UUACCCUCCUUCUUCUUCUUAACCUAGUUAGGGUAAGGCUUAAACCCUAAGAAGGAGAAAUAUUCUGUUGAGAGAUGGAAUCAAUGGAGAUGGAUGUAGAAGAAGCUGUAACAAUUCCAAAGCCCGACUCUUUCAAACGAUGCGGACUCAAGAGCACAAUCCAGACCAACUUUGGAGACGAUUAUGUUUUCCAAAUCACCUCCAAGGAUGAUUGGUCUCUUAUGGCGGUGUCUCUAUCUACGAAUUACCUAAAACUAUACUCGCCUACAACAGGUCACUACUUAGGAGAAUGUAAAGGUCAUACAUCCAAUGUCAAUGAUAUCUCCUUUUCUGAUAAUUCGAAUAUCCUGCAUUCUUGCUCUUCUGAUGGCUCCCUCAGAUCCUGGGACACUAGAUCAUUCCAGCAGGUGUCUUGCUUGAAUACAGGUCCUUCUCAAGAAAUUUUCAGUUUUUCUUUUGGGGGAACAAGUGGAAAUCUUGUAGCUGCUGGAACCAAAUCCGAGAUAUUCUUCUGGGAUUGGAGGACCAGGAAACAGGUUGCAUGCUUGGAGGAUUCUCAUAUCGAUGAUGUUACCCAGGUUCACUUUAUACCUGGCGUAGACAACAGGCUUGUCUCUGCUUCAAUGGAUGGGUUGAUUUGUAACUUUGAUACUAGUGGGAAUAUAAAUGAUGAAGAUCAUUUAGAGUCGGUGAUUAAUAUUGGAACCUCAAUAGCUAGAGUGGGAUUUCUUGGUGAGAAGCUUUGGUGUCUGACACAUAUUGAAACUUUAAGUGUUUGGGAUUGGAAGGAUGGAAGUAAUGUGGUUCUUUUUGAGGAUGCUCGAUCAUUGGCAUCUAAUAAGUGGUCAUUAGAUCAGGUGGACUAUUUUGUGGAUUGUCACUACUCGAAAGAAGAUGAUUGUUUAUGGGCAAUUGGCGGUACGAAUGGAGGCACGUUGGGUUACUUUCCUGUGAGUUAUGGAGGAUCCGGUGCAAUAGGGUCUCCAGAAGCUGUUCUUCAAGGUGGGCACACAGGUGUAGUUAGGACCAUACUGCCCAUGAGUGGAAGAAGUGCAUCCCAAAUCGACAAUGGCAGCAUUUUGGGCUGGACUGGCGGUGAGGAUGGUCGGUUGUGUUGUUGGUUGUCUGAUAAAUCAUCUGAUAGUAUUACUUCUUCUUGGAUAUCAAGUGGGUUGCCAAUCAAGAGUUCAAAGGAUCGCAGGAUAAAAAGACAUCAGCCGUAUUAGUCAUACUUGUUACUACUACUGUUAACAUAUAUUUUGUUAUGCUUAUAUUAUUAUGGAUUAUUUAUUAUUAAUGCAUUCAUAAAAUAUUUCAAUUUUUUUCUUUUAUAAAAUUGCAAUACUAUUAGUUUGUUUACUUUUUGUUAGGGUGAAAUACAAUAUUUGUUUAUUAUUUCAACA